GAAUAGAGCCAUUACAGAGUUCCACAAGUAGCCAACAUGUAAUGAAUAUUGAUUGGAAUAAAUGUUGUGAUUGUGCAGUUCAGCAUACAUUCAUUCUCUCCCUGUCUCUUCCAGAUGGCUGUUUGGUGGUGCGUUCUGUUUCCCCUGUUCUUCCUCACCCUGAGCUGUGUGUACCCAUGUUGUGGUUCCACUCCAGGCCUACUCCAGGCCUACUCAUACUCCCUGAAAUCCACCAGGUGCACCCACGCCCGGGUUCAGCAGCUGCUCAGGAGAUAUAAAGAAGAGCUGUUAGAUGAUGAGCAGUUUGAGGACAUAGAUCUGGAGUUACAGACCAUACCAUCACUCUCUACAGACUUCUACCACUGGCUUCAGAUGAAGGACUGGGAGCGUCUGAGUGCUGCCUCUCAAGCCCUGCACACUUUCUGGGCUCACCUGGAUAUGAAGAGAAAGGAGAUGGAGGUGGAUAAGGUGGAACAGAGAGAAGCCCACUGGAUGGGGACAAGGGGGAAGGCUAAAACCUCCAUACCCCAGGGUAUACACCGCAUUCAGACAGACCUGCGGGAUCUCAUGACAAAAGUCAACUUUCAGUUGAGGUAUGUGAACAGUUCCAGUGUGAGCCCCACCUCUCCCCCAGCCCUGACCCGUCCAGUGAGCCCUUCCUCCAGCCACCAGGCCCCAUCAAAGUCCCUGUGGACCAGCCACCUGGAGGGCUACGUCAUCCUCAGGGACCUGGAGCGCUACCUCACCAAGCUGGCCAGAGACUUCAUCCUCCUGAAGACCAAACCCAGUGGUCCUCCAAGCGCCCAGCCCAGUGGCAGAUAGACACGGUGUGCAUGGAUUCAUAUUCAUAAUGCGUAAUAGUACUGCACUAGCCUGGAAAAGUUGUGGUCAGAGUGGCUUUUAACUUAUUUUGUGGACGAGGGAUAUUAUUGGAUGUAAGAAUUUACGUAUUGUUAUGAAUCAUAACACAACAGUAUUUUAUGUUGUCAAUGCACACAGUUUAUUUCAGCAGUAACAAGUUAAUACAGCUAAUACCAAUAAUAAUGAUAUUCAUAUUAUUCAUAUUUAUAAAUAAUUCAGUACUACUUUUGACAGAAAGACUUCAAUGGAGUUUAAUUUCUGGUAUUUACCCUAAGAUCAUGAUUUCUGAUCGUUGAGAGAUGCUCUGUUCACUUUGUUAGACUGAAAUCAGGUUUACAUGUAGUAUUACUGUAAAUUGUACAGCCUUACUCUCCUCUGGGUUUCUCCCUGAGUUUCCAUCUUUUCUGUCUCUCACUUUCUCUGACUAACAGCCAAGAACCGGAAGAGUGUUGAGAAACACAACCCAACAUCCCCUUUUCCAAAGCCCUCACUGACUUCAAUGCCUAUUUGCCU